AUGGCAAAUCAGCAAUCCUUCCACCAAUUUCUCGACCUCCCCAAAGAGCUCCGUAUCAUAGUCUACGAGCACAUCCCCGUCCAGACUCUCUUCGCGACCGCCAGCCGCGACGAGACAGGCACACCGGUAGUCCGUGUUGUCCUUCGCUUCGUGGAGCGCAACAUUCUCCAAACCAACCACUUCCUGCGCGACGAAGCGGAAGUGUAUAUCCACCGAGAGACGGCGAAAAUCAGCAGUCCCGUGCAAGUCAUCGCCGACUGUGAAUUCUUCCACGACGUACCCGCCAUUAUCGCGCGGUGCCAUCGUGCGCAGAGUGUCCAAUUGCGCGUGUUGGGAACCGACAGGGCGAGACUGGGCUUGGGUGCUCUGCGCUUCAAGGAAGAGAAGAUGGAUGCCAUGAGGAUAGAUGUCUGGGCUCGCCUUGCCAAAAUGAAUCUCGCGACACGCAACGAGAUACAGAUCGGCAUCUGGAUCCAUCGCGACAUCAAUCUUGCCCCCUUCCUCGACACACUUGAAGAAUCGGUUGACCGCGUCAUGAAUGCCAUUGGAACGGUGUUGGCGACGGUUUCGUUUGACUGGGAGAACAGAGAAGAAGUUGACGAAGCUGACGAGGUCUUUGACAUGUUCGAGGAUGAGGUUGUCCAGGUGGUCAAGGAGAUGGCGACUGUUGCGAGGCUGGCUGAGUGGGGGGUUAGUCGCUUUGAGAAGCUGUUUCGCUACACCGAUGAGGGUCUUAAGAUAGCAGAUGACAGAGGUUCUGAAGACGGAUCAGAGGAUGGAAGUGGAAUGGAAGUGGAUGAGGAAUACUGA